GGCCAAGGACGGAGAGCGGAUACUCAACGUCUACUUUUUUCUCAACGGUCACAAAACUCAAAUCAUAGAAAUUCCCCUAUUGAACCCCUUUCCCUGAGAUUCUCUCUCUCUCUCUCUCUCUCUCUCAAGAACGCUCCAAGAUUCCAACCUCUUUCUCCCCAUCUACGAAUUCUUCACACCCGUUUCAAGAAAAUGAGUGUUCUCCAAUACCCAGAAGCCAUGAACGCUUCAGAUCUCCAGAUAUGGAACAACGCCGCCUUCGACAACGGCGAGUCAGAAGACACUUCGAUUACAAGAAGAUCUUCUUUUUCCCCAUUGAAACCCAUCUUCGUUAACCGGUCCGAGUCUCUCGAUUCCGUCUCGAGUAAAGAAAAUCACAGCCCUGUGCCAAGAAAGCCCCUGGUUUCCGUCAAGACCCCGUUACCGGUCAAGCCACUCCUUUCGAACGGCGUUCUCGGAAACUCGCAAGGGAUCCCGAAAAAGCCCCUUUUGAAGAACCCUGUCUUGAAGGUUGAUAAAAAGGAAGAAGAAGUUCAUGAUGAAACGAAGAUCGAUGCGGAGAUUGAGGAGAUUCAGGUGGAGAUUACUCGGUUGUCCUCGAGGCUAGAGGCGUUGAGGCUUGAAAAAGCUGAGCAGAAGCUGAAGUUGUUGGAAAAAAGGGGAAGGGUAAUUUCGGCAAAGUUUAUGGAGCAGAAACAGAUUGUGAAGAACCCAGAUGGAGUGAAAAAGAUUGAAGAAGUUUCGUCAUUUAGUAGUACAAGAAAAGUGGAGAGAAGGGGGUUCAGUUUGGGUCCAUCUGAAAUUGCUGCCGGGAUCCGAAGAGGGGCGAGUCUGGGUCCAUCGGAGAUUGUGAAGCAAUUGGGUAAGCAAGAAAUUGUGAAGCAAUUGGGUAAGCAAGAAAUUGUGAAGCAAUUGGGUAAGCAAGAAAUCAUCAUCACUCCUGGUCAGUCCAUAACAAAUAGGAGAAAGUCAUGUUUUUGGAAGUUGAAUGAGAUUGAUGAAUUGAAAGUGACAAAAGAGAGGGGGAAGAGUUCGAGCAUUAGUCCCAAGUUGAGGAAAACCAUUCCCAAGACUCAACCUUUGAGGCAAGCAGUUACAACGGUGGGGUCGAAAAAGGCGGUGAAGAAAGAGGAUGGGGUUAUUUCUGCAAUUCAGCCAAAGAAACUGUUGUUCAAAGAUGGGGAGAAAUCAGUUCCUAAUAAGAAGGUAUCGAAACCGGGUAGGGUGGUGGCUAGCAGGUAUAGUCAGUCUAGUGGGAGUUCAGUUAUGAGGAAGAGGUCAUUACCGGAAAAUGAGGAGAGUGAGAGGUGCGAAAAGAAGAGGGCUUCGUCGAUUGGGACACCACGGGGGUCUGAUUCAGACAUAAUCCAGAAUCAAGGGACUCAGAGCAGGGUGAAGAAGCGGUGGGAGAUACCAAGUGAGUUGGUGGUGGUUUGUAGGAAUUUGGUGAACGAGGAAGAGGAAACACCGUUAUCGGUUGCGAAGAUUCCUGAGAUUCUCCCAAGGAUUAGGACUUUGAGGUGUCCCAGUGAGACUCCAAGGGACUCAGGACCAGCUAAAAGAGUGGCCGAGUUGAUUGGGAGGAAAUCAUACUUCUGCGACGAUGAGAUCGCGGAGGAACCAGUUUGUCAGGCUUUGAGUUUUGCUGAAGAUGGUGAAGAGAAUUGAUAAAUGGGAAGUGUAAAAAUAGAGUUUCUUCCUCCAUUCCUGGUUGGUCUAACGGUGGUGGGUAAGCAUUCUUUUGCUUCCUCUAGGUGAUAUGGAUGAAGUGUCUAGUUUUUUUUUUUUUUUUAACCCUCUUGUAAUAUGCCAUAAUGGGAUAUGAUAAGCUGUUUUCUUAUGAUUCUAUUUUGGGUUGUGGUGUUGUUGCUGGGGGAAAUGAGGUGAGCUUACUUUUGCUACCUCUUAGUGAUUUCUGAGAUUGGGUUUUUGUAUUCUUCGGUAUUGCUUAAUGCAAGAAGUUUUUUUUCUCUAAA